UUCAUAAGUUGCAAGAAAUUCAGGAAGCUAAUAUUACUGAGGAGGGAAACGAACCAAAGCCAAAGCCAGAGCCAUCUACUAGGCUGAAAGUAUUUGUCGUCGUUUUUCACUAGAUGAGAUCCAUCUAGCCACAAACAAAUUCAGCGACACACUACUAAUUGGAAGCGGCGGAUUUGGUAAAGUCUACAAAGGCCACAUUGAUGACGAGCAAACUACCGUUGCUAUAAAGAGGUUGAAAUCAAGCUCCAAGCAAGGGGCACCCGAGUUCUGGGCAGAGAUUAAAACUGUUCCCGAGCUCCGACAUGUUAACCUAGUUCCUCUAAUUGGUUACUGCAAUGAGGGAAGUGAAAUGAUCCUCGUUUAUGAAUACAUGUCCUGUGGAACUCUAGCUGACCACAUUUACAAUGCAAGGGAAAAUGGUAGUACCUCUUCUUCUUCUUUCACGUGGAAGCAACGCCUUGAUAUAUGCAUCGGAGUUGGCCGGGGACUCGAUUAUCUUCAUACAGGCAAUGGAAUCAUACAUCGGGAUGUAAAGACUUCAGAUAUUCUGCUCGAUGAAAAUUUCACAGCCAAGGUUUCAGAUUUUGGCUUGGCCAAGCUUGAAAACAAAAGCAAGUUACAUAGCCAUGUUAGCACGGAAGUUAAAGGAACACGUGGUUACCUUGAUCCAAAUUACUACCACACUAAUAAACUACGCAAGGAAAGUGAUACUUACGCUUUUGGAGUGGUGUUGUUGGAAGUAUUGUGUGGGAGGCCCGCAGUCGAUUCGAUGGCUGCAGAGAAUGAGCAAUUACUGACCGUGUGGGCUCGAGAUAAGAUUAACAAGGGAGAAGUAGAUCAAAUUGUAGCUACGAAUCUGAAGGAGGAGAUUUCGCCGAAUAGCCUCAAGACAUUUGUGAGAGUUGUAGAAAGAUGCCUGCUUGAUGAACCGAAUGAACGACCACCAAUGUCUAAAGUUGUGUCGGGCCUUGAGUUGGCUGCUGAACAACAGGAGAUAAAACAACCUUUUGAAAUAGUAGCAAAUAUUUCUGAUGAUGACAACCAUAUUGUCUUAAUAAUGAUAAAGAUGGCCCCAUCAACAGUUCAGACAGAGCAGACAACAAUUUUCUCUACAGCUGUGCAAUAUUCCACACCUCCUCCGAACGAACAAACUAAUAACAAUGUGGUCUUUGCUCAGCUUCCACAUAAUGACAAAGAUGAACCACCAGUUCAGACGGGGCAACCAUUAUCAGGUAUGUACAAAUUCGAUAAUAGUGAAAAAAAAAAACCUUGA